GGGUUGGACUAGUGCCGCCGGUCCCCAGUGCUGUGCUGUGCCGUGGUACCAGUGUUCUCCGAUAUAGCCGCUUCUCCACGGUGGGGCCAGCCAGUGCCCUGGAACCUCGAGUCGUUUGACCGGCCAACAUAGCAAGUGAUGUUCGGAUGACGAUCAGCCUAGAGGGGCCCGGGGGUGCCAACGUGAGCUGCGCGGCCAGCUGGGAGCCGUACCAGACCGCGGCGUGCGCCCUGCUGCUGGUGGGGCAUGCGGCGCCGGCGGGGUCGGCCGCAGGGCUGCUGCUGCUGCGGCUGUGCGCGGGGGCGGGGGCCGCGCUCUCCGCCUGGGCCGCCCUCUGCGCCGCCGAUCGCCUCUUCUGGAACCUCGCCCUCGCCCUCGUCAACGCGCUCCACCUCCUCGCCCUGCUCUACCGCCUCCGCCCCGUCAGGUUCUCCAGCGAGGUAGAAGAGGUCUACUCCGCGGUGUUCGAGCCGCUGCGGGUGUCGAGGACGCAGUUCAAGAAGGUGCUGUCCUGCAUGAAGAUGAUCCGCCAGCUGCGCUACCAGGAGGUCUACGCCGAGGAGAAGGUCACCAAGGUCGACUCUCUCUCGCUCGUCCUCUCCGGAAAGUUGGUAGUGUCACAGAAUGGACGAGCCCUUCAUAUAGUUUUCCCACACCAGUUUCUCGAUUCACCGGAGUGGUUUGGAGUCUCUACCGAUGAAUAUUUUCAGGUAUCGGUGACUGCCAUGGAGGAGUCGAGGGUCCUUCUUUGGCAUCGAGACAAAUUAAAGUUAUCAAUAAUAACAGACCAGUUCCUUCAAGCUGUCUUCGAUCACGUUCUUGGUAGAGAUGUUGUUAAGAAACUUUUACAGGUCAGUGAAACGAUGUCCGCUACUAAGGAAUUGAACGGUCACCUCGGAGGAGGUUUUGAAGAAGCUGCUCCUGAAGAGAAACCGAUGCUGAUCGUCAAGAAGUCAGGAGAUGGGCCCGGUAUUACGGCCCUAAUUAACAGGCAACUUCAAGAGCUGGAAGAGCGAGAGCCGCUGCUCGAUAGCGGGCGCCUCGGUGCCUGCGUUGGUCUCGUCAACUCCGCCUUCAACAACAACAGGCACUCGUUCAACAACAACAGCAAAUGAUCCCAAUGCCUGGAGGUUGGGAAGGAUCGAGGAGACAGAACAAGAAACUCCUGUCUGAGAGAUAUAGCAUCAACAAUAAUUGUAACCUCAUGGACCUGUUCUCCCAGCCACAGCUGUUAUAGAUAAGGAUCAAGUGUCUAUGUAUCAUAUUUUAAAACAUUUUUUCUUUCUUCUACAUUUAGACAUGUUUAAAAGAAAAACAAUAAGUGUCUAUAUGAAAAAAGGGCAGUUAUGAGCUAAUCGGAUAAACCUUAUCGUUGAUUAAUAAUGUGUAUUAUAUAGUUUUAAUAUGAUAAUGUAACGAUAACAAUAUUUAAUACAAUAUUAAGGUUUUGGUGAGCAUGCAGACAGUACACUGUUGAUUCUGUUUGUACGUAUUCAAAAAGAGAAUAUUUCCUUAAUAAUGGAGAUAAUAUUCCAGAUCGGCUGCCUGUAUCAAGAUCUAGAGGGCAGCUAGGUAGGGUUGUGCCUUUAACUUCCAUUGUGGAUCUGAAUUUCAAUAAUUCUGAUUAUAAAAUUGUUUUCAGUAUUACCAUGGUGUAACUAAUACAGAUUGUAGAUUGUCUAAAUAAUAAUAACUGUAAAUAUUAACAUUAAUAGAGAGUUUGCUGUGAGAUAAGUGAGGUUAGGAAUGAGAGGAUGGCAUAGUUGAUUGUCGACUGAGCUUUGCGGUAGUAAUUACUACCUUAAUAUUAAGCAAGUGUUUCAUUUGGUACUGAGAACUCCACUCUGUCAAGCUGAAAGGUUUUUUUUAUUAAUUUGUGAAUUAUAAUCAAGUGACUGUUUAUUAAUUUUGGUUAAUUGAUAGAAGAAAAAGAAAUUGGUUGUCUAGGGGGACGUCUUAAGGCCAUAUUGAAUUAAUUUUUAUUAUUGGUAAUAAUUAUUUUAUUUUGAGUUUUUAAAAAAAAUUAAAAAUGUCUUAUUAUGAACUUUUGUUAAUUUUUUGAGCAAUCUUAUUUUUAUUUAUUUAUUUCAGAUGCUGCCAACUAACAGCUAUCUUUUUUCUUUUCUUUUUAACAUUAGUUGAGCUUAUAUGCAGAAACCAGAUUUUUAAGAAAUGAUAAAUCCUUAAGUACUUAAUGAAACAGCUCUAAUUUAAUUUUACAAUUGAUUUGCUUCAAGUUGAAAAUUAUUUUAAUAAACCAUGAUCAUUUUAUUUUAAAUAAUAAUGGGUUAAUAAAGUAAGGAAUAAAAUUUAGUAAAUGGUACCACAAACUUUUGUUGUAUUUAGCACUAGUACAAUUAUUAAUUCUCACUUGUUUUAAAGAAUAAAAUAAAAUAAAGAAAGAAGACAAUUUUUUUAAUUUUGGUGUCUUUUGGUUUUCAUUUUUCGUAAUUUAAGGCCAUAUUACACCAAUAUUUUAUUUAUUUCAUAUUAUUUUUGGUGUUUCGGACUAAACUAGGAGUAACUAAAUACCAACUUAAUUAAAUUGUAAACUAACAAUAAAAAAAUUUCCAGACUUCAAAAUGGAUCUAGUUUAGGCCAAAAUGUUGCUAAGAAUGAUAAUGUUAAAUAAAUGAAAUAUUGGUGUAUUAUGGCCUUAAAUUAUGAAAACUUUUUAUUUUUCUUCUUCAAAAAUGUCUGCAUUAAAACCUAUUACCAAAUAUAUUUCUGUAUUUAAUUUAGUUGUUUUACCAUCAGUUAUUAUUUAAAACCCUUAGAUCUUGUGGAAAUAAAUAAAUUUAUUUUUUCCUCUUAGUCUACUGAAAAGUCUUUUUAACAUAUUCAUUUAAGUAUAAGUUAAAAUAUUAAUGAGUUUCACGGUGUCUGAUAUUUUGAUAGGGUGGUAGAGGAUUCAAUGCCUGGUUAAUAGAUAGCAGUUAGUUGACACCUUAUUAAUUUCAUUGUUUAAAAGAUGUUUAUCCAAUCUAAAAUGGCCUAUUGACUCAUUUAAGUUACUUGUAUUUCUAAUUAUUCUCUCAAAUUCUUUUUAUUAUAAUAGUGAACUUUGUGUAACUAAUAAAAACCAAUCAGUUAAUUAAUGAUUAAAUCUAAUCAGUGAAUAGGUUAUGCCCACCGUUACCAAGAGCCUGUAUCAAAGCUGAUUUGAUGUUUCAUUGUUAUUUAUUUACACUCGAUUGUUUUGACCUUUCAGCAAAAGUUUAUCAGCUACAGUCGGAAUGAUUUAUUCUUGGUGCUGGAUUAUCAUUUUGAAGUUGCCUUCCGUUGUAUUAAUAUUAACAAAUACAAGGGUACAUUAUAUUUUCUAAGUACUUAAGUGUAAAGGUUAGUUGUUGCCAAUAAAAGUCUAUCUUCCACAUUAUGCAUCCCUAGCAUGUAGACUUCCUCUUAAGAUAGAUUAUUUUAUGUCAAUGUUUUACGUGUUGAAUAUGUUAAUAAUAUUAUUAUAUGUACACAAUACAUUGUAUGAUUGUUGUUUUAAUAUUAUUCUUGAAUCUAUGGGGAUUGUUCCAUCAAUACUUAUGUACUGUACCUAUCCCAAAAUUUAAUAUGGCUUUACAUGUUGGACAUAUUACCAUAACUUCUGAGGUUGGCUCUUCUUAUAAUGACAAAACAAUAAAUUUAUCCAAUUUUUAAUUUUUUUUUUACUUUUAUAAAAAUAGAAUUUGCCAUAAUGAUAUAAAAAUAAAGAUUAAAGAAAUCUUUUGGUAAAUUAUUUAAUUUUAUAAUUCUACAAUGUUAUCUAUAUGCGUUGUGUAGAUUCAGUAUGGAGAUCACGUUGAUCUGAAUUAAGUUACCACUUCUCAAAUAAAAUUGACCAAAGUAAAUUUACUUCUAGUUGAAUACUUUCAUCACAAAAAUUUAAAAAAAUAUGCAGCAUUAGUUUUGAGUUUUUUUAAAUAUUCCAAGUAAAUAACGAUCCUGUAGCCAAACACUGGCUUAAUGAAAUGCUAUUUUUUGAUACCAGUAAGUAGAUGAAUACUUUUUCUGUUGUUAAAAUGUUAAGUUAUACGAUGGCUUCAUUUUAAUGUAUUGCCGACAUGUUGACAAUCCUAACAAUCAGUAUGUUUGAUAACAACCUGUUCCUAAAUUACUGAUUACAUUAAUCAGAAGUCGAGCCACUUCACAAAGUCACUAUUGUUUCUUCUUAUCUCUCAUCUUAUCCAUCUUCUUUUGAGUGAAAAAAUACAUUGUUUGAUGUUUUAAGCAUUACAAAAAUACAUUAUUUGAUGUUAUAAGCAUUACAAAGUCUAAAUACAUUGAUUGAUCUUCUAAGCAUUACAAAAAGUCUUGAACUAAAAUUUAAUAUGAGGAGUUGAUCGGUGGGAAGGGGGAGGAGGAGGAGGUGCGGUCAAAUUAAUUAAUUUGACCGCACCCCCCGACCAACUCCUUCUCAUAUUAUAUCAACAGUCAACCAUCUCUACAUCAUUAAAAUGUAAUAUGUAUUUUCUUCAAUGAUUAUUUCUGUUGAUUGGUGUGUGAUAGAAUAAAAUUUGAUGACUGAUAUCAGGUUGAUUUUUUAGAAAAAGUAAUAUAAAAUUGUAUUGGAAUAAAGAGGACUCUGUUGAAGUUUCUAUUGUAUUCAGAAAAUUCAGCAAAAAUGUUAGAUAUUUUUCUCUAAUAAUUGGUGUUUUGAAAUUUUGUUGAAUAAAGAAAUCAAAAUACAUUGAUGUUAUAUUGAUGGAUUUUUGUCACCAUAUUCUGUAUUUACCAAUAAACCUAACCAAUAUUUGUCAAUAUAUUGAUUAUCAUUACUUUACAGAUAUCUACACUUCUCGCAAAUGCAUUUCAGUUCAGGCAUUUGGUUUUUUGUUUAAUAAAUUGUAUAAUUCAG